UCCAAUUUCCCCUGUCCCUCGCCUAGUUGACCUGCACUCUCCUCAGCGCUUCUGCUUGCCUUCUUUCCCUCGGCUUGUCAACAACAAUCGCUAUCGAUUGACGUAUAGGAGCCGCGCCCAUUUCACCGUCGUUGUCCCCAUUCGCCUCUUCUUGGCCACUGAUCGAACUCAAUAAUCCACUCUCGUUUCGCGAGUAGCGCACCUAUGUUCGAGCCUCAACGCAGUUCCUUGACUUAACGAACAAGUAUCGCCUCAACCCAAUUACUCCUCCCCUCUCUGGUAGUGUUCCUUUCCACUAAAUUGACGCCUUCUUUUUCAGUAGACUUAAAAAAAGGUUCGGCUAGAAUGGGGAAAGGUGGCUCUCUUCCUCCUGCUCUGAUCGCCCAACCUAAGAGCUACUCAGGGCUUUCCACGCUCGAGAUAGAGCCAGACACGACAGCCGAGCGGCCCCGGAUACUCGGAAUCCUCUCCUCCAUCCUCGACCACGUGGUGGCGCGAAACGAGGUGAAGCAGGCGAAAUCCGGUAACCGCAAGCUGACGGUGUUUCACGGGCUUCGCGCGCCGGCAAUCACGGUGGAAAAGUACCUGGAGCGGAUAUUUAAGUACGCCAACUGCAGCCCGGCGUGCUUCGUGGUGGCGUAUGCGUACAUCGACCGUGUGUUACAGGAGCAUGACGACAUGGUCAUUACUUCGCUGAAUGUGCAUCGCCUGCUCAUCACCUGCGUCAUGGUCGCGGCGAAGUUCCUCGAUGACUCGUACUUCAAUAACGCGUACUACGCCAAAGUGGGAGGCGUUACAACGGCCGAGAUGAACCGCCUGGAGAUGGAGCUACUGUUCCGCAUGGACUUCCGCCUGAACGUUACAACUGACGUCUUUUACGCGUACUGCAAGCGGCUUGAAGCGGAGAUUUGGAACUCCCGCCCGCCCUUCGAGGCCACGUUGGACGUCAACUCCUUAUCCAUGCUGAAGCCGCCCGGCCACAUGGCACGCGUGCAGCCAUGCCACGUGGAGGUGCAAAAAGGCGUCCGAACACCCCCGCGAGAGGUGGAAUCGUACCGGUAUCCCUCAAUCCGGGCGAGAACACUCGUAAACGGGUCUCCUUGACGGUCGACGUUAACGUUCUGACAGAAUCUGAUAUCGCUGACAGAUGCUGGCAGACGGCAGCACAAGCGGAUGGGCGCGUGAAUACCCCGCCCUCGUCCAUACUUAUACGAUCUUGACAAAGAUACACUUGCUCACUUAUACACUGUAGUCGAGUGCACUAAUGCGUAGGUUUUUGUAGUGUAGUUGAUAUCUGAUAGGAUGCUCGGAGGAUGAGAGGGGAAAGCUCCGAGAGGCAGUGGCCGGUUGAUUAGUUGGGUGAAAGCAUGUGAUGUGUACCUUCGCAUCAUUUUCACCACCAACAGGCAUGGGAGAAAAAUAUCUAGGCCGAAAUGGUAUGGUUGUUGGGUGCUGGUUGGGAUGCAGUAGGGUUAGAGGAGAUUAGGCACCAUGUGGCUCGAGCCACAAUCUAGGGCCUCACAAGGCGCUAACUCGCCGAGGCUCUCCCUGUGCUAUACUUCCCCUUGGUUUGUCUAGUCAUUUGUCAUCUGAAUAAAAUGGCCUACGUUGA